UACCCCUUCACUUUAUCCCCUAUAAAGCCGUACACUACUCUGGGUUUGGCUGAGCUUUACCAUCUCCAUCCAUCCACUUGCAAACAAACUAGCUACAAGAUGCAGCAACUUUCUUAUGCGAUGUCAAAUACUGGUAGUAGUGCUUAUUACCUGUCAACUAAGGGUAAUGUGAAGACGCAGCAGAGACAGAGCAUAAUCGGUAAAAAUGAUGAUGGAAAAGUGAAGUUACUCAAGAGCUUGUUAGCUCCACCUCUAAUGGCAGCAUUUCUGACCUUAUCUCCUAUCUGCAGUACCCCAGAGUCAGUUGCAGAAACCGUAGAGGUACAAAGAGGAUCAACAUUGUUUCGUAGAGCUUGCAUCGGAUGUCAUGAUGCCGGUGGAAACAUAAUACAACCAGGUGCGACACUCUUCACAAAAGAUCUCCAAAGAAAUGGAGUCGACACUGAAGAAGAGAUAUACCGUAUUACAUACUUUGGAAAGGGACGAAUGCCGGGUUUUGGAGAAAAUUGCACACCCAAGGGCCAAUGUACAUUCGGAGCCCGUUUGCAGGAUACAGAGAUUAAGCUUUUGGCCGAGUUUGUCAAGUCUCAGGCUGAUCAAGGGUGGCCAAACAUAGAGAGUAAUGAAGAUUGAAAUAAGAAAUUAAUCAUAAUUAAGGCCUGAAUCAUUGUUGCUUAUUAAUUGGCUACUCAUCAAUUAGAAUCAAAAUAUUAAUGGAGACACAAUCUUCGUAGCAUUUAAUUCCGGUGAAACUUACUUAAUUUCCUUGUUUGCUUUUCACCUCUGGAUGUGUCUCUGUCGCUUCUUUGUUCUUGAUUAUCCAUUAUGCUAAAAAUUGUUAAUGUAGUUAUGUGUUCUUGAUCUAUUUCCCAACCAAUUCGUCGGACGGGGUUUCCAAAUAAAAGUUGUAUAGAUUCAAAUA